AUGAAAGCCAUACUGCAGCUGCUUUCGACCUCGCUGGUGGCCGUCUCUGCUCUGCCCAAUCGAGGCAAGCACGGCCAUGCCAUCGCUGAAGGUGACUUUGUGCACGUCGAUGGACUGAGACUGUAUGAUUCCAAGGGUCUGCACUACAUCACUGGCAUCAACUACUGGGCAUGCAUGAACCUAGCUGCAGCGCCGUCCGCUGGAGGCAACUAUUCCCGCCUGGUAACCGAGCUCGACCAGAUGGCUGCCAAAGGAAUCAAUCAUCUCCGCAUCAUGGCGGGUUCAGAGGGUGCCCCUACGCCACAACCCUUUCGCAUGAGCCCGGCUCUACUGGAAGAGCCAGGCAAAUACAACGAAGAUAUUUUCAAAGGCCUAGAUGUCUGCUUGGACGAAAUGUCAAAGCGAGGCAUGCGCGCCACCAUGACUCUUGCAAACGAAUGGCAGUGGAGCGGCGGGUUUGCGCAGUAUGUUUCUUGGGCAACUCACAACUCGGCGAUUCCCUAUCCAGCCUCAUGGAACUUGACAGCACCGCCGCAGCGGGAAACACCCGGUACUGGAUGGGGCAACUACACCGUGCAAGGCAUCGAUGCGGCACCGUACAGCCAAUUCACGGCGUUUGCCAAUCUGAUCUACAACAAUACCCAGGCGGAGACAUGGUUCAAGAACCACAUCAAAACGGUAAUGGACCGGAGGAAUACAGUGAACAACCGUCUGUAUACGGAGGAUCCGACCAUUAUGACCUGGCAACUGGCCAAUGAGCCCCAAGCGUCAGAUGCGCUCAACUACACUGGCGCGUACAAUAUUGCCAUUACGCCCAAUCCCGAUGAUCUACUCUUCCCUUGGGUAGAGCGUAUGUCCGCCUACAUCCGCUCCAUGGCGCCAAAACAGCUCAUCAGCGUGGGUCUGGAGGGCAAGCAGGGCGAGUACUACUUCAAGAAAGCGCACGACUUCUCGACGGUGGACUAUGCCACGACGCACUGCUGGGUCCAGAACUGGGGCGUUUACGACAUGGACAACUCUAGCGAGGCCAAUCUGAAGAAGGCACAGGAUUUCGCCGUGGACUUUGUGCGUAAUUCGAGCCGAUGGGCAGCUGAAAUCGGCAAACCCGUGUUCCUCGAAGAGUUUGGAAUGGCCCGGGACAACUGGGAGAACAAGGACAAGGAGUAUGCCUAUCUCAGCAGCGCUUCGAGCUCGCACAAGGAUGCGUACUUUACGACUAUCAUUGGUACCGUUAUGGAGGAGUUCAAAUCUGGAGGCGCGUAUAUCGGCACCUCACCAUGGGCCUACAGUGGAAUCUAUCGGCCUGAAAGCCAGCGCGCAAAUGAAUUUGGUAUGGUCUGGGCGGGUGAUCCACCUCAUGAAGCGCCAGGCUGGUAUGGUCUGUACGACACGGACAAGGCCAUGAAGAUCAUAGGCAGGCAGCAGAAGACCAUAGCCAAGUGGAUCGAGCACCAUGGAUCGAACUCGACAUGCACGACUUCGAAGUGGGUAUGA